CGUCUCCGCCACGUGUUCCGCGCGGCCCCGGCGCUGCGGGCGUCAAAGCGCCGCGGUCGGGUGCGGCUCCCGCUAACGCUGCGUCGCCUCCGCUCUGUUCGUCCGCAGCUACUACCUCAAGGAGUCCAAGGGCAGCCGGCGGUGGCUGCUCUUCCUCGAAGGAGGGUGGUACUGCUUCAACAGGGAGAACUGCGACACCCGCUAUGACACCAUGCGGAGGCUCAUGAGCUCCAAGGAGUGGCCCGCGACCAGAGUUGGAACUGGGAUCCUGUCGUCACAGCCAGAGGAAAAUCCCCACUGGUGGAAUGCGAACAUGGUAUUCAUCCCUUAUUGCUCAAGUGAUGUUUGGAGUGGUGCCUCUUCCAAGUCUGAGAAAAAUGAAUAUGCCUUCAUGGGAGCACUGAUCAUUCAAGAGGUUAUAAAGGAGCUUGUGGGAAAAGGUCUUAGCACUGCAAAAGUGUUGCUGCUAGCAGGGAGCAGUGCUGGAGGAACAGGAGUGCUCUUGAAUGUGGAUCGAGUGGCGGAGCAGCUGGAGGAGAUGGGUUAUCAAGGGAUUCAGGUUCGAGGCUUGGCAGACUCUGGAUGGUUCCUGGAUAAUAAACAGUAUCGCAGAACUGACUGUAUUGAUACCAUAACGUGUGCUCCAACAGAAGCCAUCAGAAGAGGAAUAAGGUAUUGGAAUGGUAUUGUUCCUGAACGCUGUAAGCUGCAGUUUAAAGAGGGAGAGGAAUGGAACUGCUUUUUUGGAUAUAAGAUUUAUCCCACUCUUCGAUGUCCAGUCUUUGUGGUCCAAUGGCUCUUCGAUGAGGCCCAGCUUACUGUAGACAAUGUACACCUCACUGGCCAGCCUGUUCAGGAAGGGCAGUGGCUCUACAUCCAGAAUCUGGGCAGGGAGCUGAGAAACACCUUGAAGGAUGUAACUGCUAGCUUUGCUCCUGCCUGUUUGUCUCACGAGAUCAUUACACGCAAUCACUGGACGGACAUCCAGGUGAAGGGGACAUCAUUACCCCGUGCCCUGCACUGUUGGGAUCGGAGCCUACAUGAGAGCAACAAAAAUGGGAAAGCCCCUCUGAAAGGCUGCCCAAUUCAUCUGAUUGACAGCUGUCCAUGGCCCCAUUGCAACCCCUCGUGCCCCACUAUCAGGGACCAGUUCACAGGGCAGGAGAUGAAUGUGAUCCAGUUUCUCAUGCACAUGGGUUUUGAUGUUCAGAAGAUGGCACAGCAACAGGGCCUGGAGCCCAGUAAACUUCUGGGGAUGCUCAGCAGUGGUAACUAGGAAGGGAUCUUCUGAGGGGCAGGGAGAUUAGAUCAGGAGGGGACUUGAGGCCCUUCUCCCACACACUCUAAUCUUCUUCCUUAAGUUCAUGCAGGCUGGUGCAUGCUCACCCCCCAUGCAGGCUGAAACCUGUACACACCCACAUGCUCCCACACUCUUGCACACUUAAGAUGUGUCAAGAAAAAAAAAAAAAAAGCGAUUUCUUCCUUACACAGUUUGACUGGAACUUGUUACCUCCAAACUCCAGGGAUCACUUCUGGCCAUUCACAUCCUCUUCCUGUCUUACACAAGGCAAUCUGAUACAGGGAGUAGUAAAGCCAUAAAUAGCAGCAAUGAGAACCUUCCCCAGAUCUAGGACUUUUUCCCUUGUCAUGAAUUUUACAUCAUAGACUCGAUACAAGUGGUGAAAAAAGCAAGCACUGGAUUUCUUUUGUCCAACAAGAAGUGAAGGAAUGAUUACAUGACUUCCUGGAGGUCAGCGUCUCAUGAUAUAUUAUAACAUACAAACAAAGGACAUGUGCUAGGGAUGGACACUCUUGUAAUCAAUUUACUUUCGUAUUAUUUUAUAAAAUGACUUUUUUACUACUUUUUUAAACUAAGCAAGAAAUAUAAAUGAUAUUGUUUUGUAACAUAUAUUUUUUUUUUUAAAUAACGAAGGAACCUCUUGCUACUUUGGCAAUGUGGACAUAUUUAUUUUAAUAUGUAAAAUGCUAUUUAUAAGGGCUGACCAGAGAACCAUUCAUAUGUCUUUGUAAAGUUGUAUAUGCUGCUCAUUUGGAUGGGUUUUUCUUAUGAUCACUUGUGCCUGGGAGAGGGCUGAGGGUGGUAUUGACAUUUUAUAUUCAUUAGACUUCAGUGUUCCACUUGCAAUAUACUUUGUCAUUGUUUCUGUAAUGCAGAAUAUAUGAGGUCUAAGUACAGAUACUUUCACCCAGCAUCUGCUGUUUGCUUACUUGCACAGUGUUUUUAGCUUGAAGUUUGUGUUUUGUCAGAUAUGCAAGGGCAGUGUAUUUUAAGAUGCAGAGAGAUCUGGUUUUACAGCAAAGGCCACUAUUCUAGUUAGAGAAAUAUUUGAUUUGAUCAGACUAUCUGGUCUGUCUUAGAAGGUGAAGCAUUUGCAAAACAAAGAGAACACAAGUCAAGAAACAACAUAUUCCUGUUCUACUAAUCGUUUGCGAACGUGCCCACCUCAGAGAACAUAUAGAAUCCUCUUUGUAAUGGGAGGUGAACAAGGGACAGAUCAGGAUUGUGUGGCUGAAGCAUGCACUUCCAAGAUAAAUCUUACCAGGUUAAAAGGUAGUGCUAGGUGUAAAAUUUGUUGUCAUAGGUGAGUAAAAAAAGCAAAAACAAAAAGCUCUAACCAUUCAGUUACUAGUUACAGACUUCAGCAAACACUUGGGCAGUACCACAUAGGAAAUUAGCAGUCCUGCUGUUCAAGAUGGGGUUUAUUACACAUUUAAGAUUAAAA